GCGCCCGUCCGCCCGCCGGCCACGCGCAACGUCGCCGCCGCUCUGCGAGCCGCAGUGGCCGCCGCGCGCGGGAUCGGCCCGGCACAGACAUGCGUCGCAGGAGGACCGCGCGCCACACGAGACCACGCCACGUGCUGCAACACCGCGCCGCAGCCGCUGUCGCCCUCGACGUCACGGCCACGCUGAGGCAGCGCUGCGUGCCCACGACAUGUCCGGACCCAAGAAGAUGAAGACAACCAGCUCGUCUCGACGGGGCGCCGCUGGGGGCGGAGGAGGUGGAGGGGGAGGAGCGGGGGGGAACGGCGGCGCCCCCAACCACCUGGGCCAAGGCGGAGGCCCCGGACCCCACCCAGCCAUGUCCGGCUCCAUGCCGGGUCCCGAGUGCGCGGGCUGCCAGAAGCCCAUACGCGAGCGGUUCCUGCUCAAGGCGCUGGACCAGCUGUGGCACGAGGACUGCCUCAAGUGCGCCUGCUGCGACUGCCGCCUCGGAGAGGUCGGCUCCACCCUCUUCACCAAGGCCAACCUCAUACUCUGCAAGAGGGACUACCUCAGGUUAUUCGGCACCACCGGGCUGUGCUCAGCGUGCAACAAGACCAUCCCAGCCUUCGAGAUGGUCAUGAGAGCACGCGGCAACGUCUAUCACCUGGAGUGCUUUGCCUGCCAGCAGUGCAAUCACAGGUUCUGCGUGGGUGACCGCUUCUAUCUACACGAGAAUCGCAUCCUCUGCGAGUACGACUACGAGGAGCGAAUGAUCUUCGCUAACAUGCCGUACUUCGGCGGCGCCGGUGGCGCUAGCGCCGGAGGGAUGCCGGGCCCAGGAGCCGGUGGACCGAUGGGCCUCAACCAUCACCACGGCCCACCGCCACCCGGAAUGUCGUCGGCCGCGGGAGGCGGUCUCGGGGGCCAGCCCAAGCGGUUGCCCGGACAGACACCGCCUGUGCCCGUGCCCCCGAUGGCUGGAGCCGGUGGAGCACCCCCUGGGCCGGCUGGAGCGGCGCCUCCGGGACCUCUGCCCAACGGCACGGCGGGUCACCACAUGACGGACGGCGCGGACCAUCUCUCGGGUGGUGUUCACACUGUGGGACACCCUUCGGCGCACACCAGCGGCCCGUACGGGAACCAGCCACCCGGCACAGAGUCCAUGCUGGAAGCCAAGUGAAACCAGACUAUACUGCCGUUGUCUUAGCCGGGCUCAUUCAAGAAAGCGCCGCCACGGUGUACUGGGCUGGUGUAAUAGAGCGUUUCCAUCAGCGGAAUUAUCGUUCAUUCUCGUCAUCCGGUGACUCCGCAACGGAGAGAACGGGGGGAUGAAGUCUACGUUAGACGUCACUGGAUUAUUUUACAGAAGGCAUUUGUGUUUUGAGUUACAAGAAAAAAGAAUCGUUGCAUGAGACUAACCAUGACAGCGCACAUUAAUACUGCAAGUUUUCAUGUUUGAAGAAGGGGGGGGGGGGGUGUCUGCGAUUGAAACACCUCAUUUGGGGUUAUUCUGUCUCUCUCUUUCUUUCUGUCUUUGUGUCGUCAGUAGCACGCUUUGUGUGAAUGCACGCAAUGUUCUCAAAACAGACAAGCAGCCAGAAAAAGGACAAAAGUGCUAGCGCGUUCAACAGUGCUUGCAGCACGUGAGCCGUGGACGGAGGUAGCUCCCGGUUCAGCUGUUGGCGCCACCUGCGAGGCUAGCUCUAGUUGGAGGAAAAAGGGGCUGAAGACAUCGACAUUCCCGCAACACGUAUAUCCAUCUCUUUCUGCCAUUUGCUGUACUCUGGGAGCGAUAAUGCGCCGAUAGGACUGACAGUGUAUACGACGAUGCUCUCAUUCGAGCGACUGCGUGCUGCAAAUGCCCCAUUACAGAUAAUUCACAGAUGCUCUUAUGUUCGCUCAUUGGGCCGCGAGACAUUGUUGCACAAUGCAUGGUGGCGUUAACUGCCAGGGGGCAGGGCAGAUUCUAGUCACGUCUGCCGAUCACUGUAGUAACCGAAUAUCUUGUUAAAACAUUGAUCGCGCUCAAAUGCGAAAUGUAAACCAAAAUAAGUACAACACAAGGGCAGUGGUCGGAUUUGACAAAUCACGUUACACUAUAGGCGAAGAAUGUCGCACCACUUGGCGCGCCAGUGUAUUAUUAUCACUUCGAGAUGAAGGAACAGUUGAACGAAAGAAAAAAAAGGGGGGGGGGGAGUGGGGGGGGGGGGGGGUAUGCGCACUUCUGAAAUAUCCAUAUCUUUCUCUUUUCUGUUCACUUCUUUCGAGAGAGCGUCGCACGUUCCCACCGCCACUUUGGUCGUUUGAGCGUUCCGACCACGGCACACGCGCUGCACUUGCUAUUGGACGCGAUUACGCGAUAAUUCUCUGAAGGAACGUAUGCAGUUAUCAAACGUCUCGAUGGCAUUCCCCCUGCAGCAUCAAAAUCUCCGUAGAGCAGUGUUGCGAUUAAACAAAGAGCAAGCGCCGUGCUGCGUACUUUCACGCGCUAAACAAGCGAUGGUGAAACAGUGGUCCCGUGUGCAGAUACCCAUGCGUUGUUUCGGUACACAUUUUCCCGCGCUUUAGAGGGAAACGGAGUCGGCUUGUGAGUUUGUCUAUCGCCGUUUCACACCUGUACACGCAAUUGCAAGCGAGAAGCAAGUCAUUAUUUGCCGCCUCACAUUUGUACAGUGUUAAUUUGUUCACUUGAAGUAGUGAGACGCGGUAGCAGCUCAAGCAACUGAAACAUGAACCUGUGUCUUGGCGAGUUUUCCAACUAGUGCCCUUUAACGCUACAUAUCUGCAUUCCCUAUUCAUAACAUAGCGUGAGCGCGCAGGCCCGAAUGGAUAUAAUAAAAAGAAACUGAAUAGAGAAAAAAAGACAGACUACGGGUCUUAGCUAUUUCCAGUUGGUAAAAACUUCAACAAAAGGUUGUUUUUUUUUGCUUCUCAAUAUCAUUACGUUUGUCCUGAUUGGCUUUCUCUAUGUAUUGCAAAAAAGAAACCUUUGCUGUCGAAGGCCUUUGUAUUCUUCACUCAUGUGACAAAUAUUUGCACUCUGCGAAAUGUUACACGAAACAAUCGCGCAGAUACCGACGAAAUAGUGGACGCAAAUAUUUACCGUGAAAACAGUCCUCUCUGUAAUGAAUGCAAUAUACUGAGCAGGAAAAGAGACCGGAGCAUGAAAUGCAGCCGUUGCUGAUGAGAGCUACACCAUGCAUUUACGAUCACAAAGACAGGCAAGGCGUUAUCAAGAGUCUAGUCAACAAUCAAUGUUAUCUGUAGUGCCACGACAGCAGUCGGCAGAGCUCCCAACGUUUUCUUCUUCUUUUUUUUUAAUCGUUCAAACGGAGUCUACUAGCCACAGUUUUUUUAUUUACAUAACACCUCAACAAAUACAAACAUAGUGAAAGCAAUUUCAUUGAGAUCUAAGCAAACAGAAAUGACGCAUGCUGCACGUCAUCAACUUGACGAAUUACCAAAUUCGUUUCACCCAAAGUUGGCAUAGCAAACCCGGGCGCGCAUCUGGUUGAUCUCCCUGCCAUUCCUUCCCUUCUCCUUUUUCCUCCGUCGAAAUAUAAAAAAAAUGUUACUGAUGCACUUGGACGUUCUAGCACAUUAUCGAUGCUGAGUACCUUUUCCUAACUUUUAGUAUGUUCCUUUUUUAUGUGUUAUGAGUAUUGAGUGAUCCAAAUAUUGUAAUCUUACCCCUGAUACGCUCCCAUUUGCAUAAAACUGCGAACAAGGCAUCCACUUCCCGGUAUAGUCACAUCAGACGUUCUAUUCCAUUCAUUGAAAGACUGGUAUACUUAUGUUAUUUCCUUAAUUGCGUCAUUCAUACAAGGUAUAGCCUCCAGAAAAAUGCUUUGCCAGUGUUUGCGAAUGGUGAAAAAAAUAUCCCCGACUUCUGGAGUGUGCAAGCAGCGAAAUACGGCAUUGAUUCCGUUACCGUUACAUUCCGUUUCGCGUUAUCGAUCUGAGUGCAUGGUAAGGCGCCUGCAGCGCCUUUAAAUUACACUGGCCAAUGAAUCGGGGGAUUAUAACACGGGAGUUACACGUGGCUAAAGCAAUCGUAACGUCAUGAUGGUUCAGGGUCGACAAAAAGUAGUACAAGCGUCGAGGAAUUCGUUUGCGGGGGUUUGUUGUGUGACUUGUUUAAACCCGCUUGGAUGAAACAACUGGUGAUUCACCUUGUUGAGUAUGUAAAUAGCUAGGCAAUGCUCGCAUGUUUUUUUUCUUCACGUCAUUGUUUCAUUCGCACAAACACAGCCGAAACGAUUGUUUCACACCGGUAUCGUUCGUAUGCAACUUUAAGUGUCGAGAGUAAUGGUUUUCCGCAUGUUUCACCUGUCCCAAAAUGCUAGUCCGUUACUACAGUUUUUGUUUUGCCCCUUAUGGUUUAACCUUCAGCUAGUCAGAGGAGCACUCAAACGCGAAAACCAGAUAGCAUGUAUGCUAUGCCAUGAACUUCAAAAAAUAGAGACUCCCAACGGUAAGCAACACAAAUCAGACAUACUUCCGCGUUGUUCCACUGUAAUUAAAGCCCACCUCUGUAAAAUAAAGAAACACGAAGGUCUCUAGACCAAUAAAUACACUCGUUUCACAAAAGCUGA